AUGAGUUGCGGUUGUGCGGCACCCUACAUCGGUCCCUCCGUUGGUGACUUGUGCUACGGAGGCACCCAUAUUGUUUUCUUGAGCCUUAUCAACGCUCUAUUAGAAAACAAAUGCGACCUAGGAGAAAUGUGCCGAAGAGUUACCCCAAUUACACAACCUGAUGCUGAUUAUGACUUCGUGGUUGUUGGAGGAGGUGCUGCUGGAUCUGUGGUUGCAGGAAGAUUGUCAGAAAAUCCAGCUUGGAAAGUUUUGCUGAUAGAAGCUGGAAACGAUGAACCUCCAGGUACACAAGUACCAUCCAUGUUAGGCAACUUCUUGAUGAAACCAGGCUUAGACUGGGGGUAUAAAACUGAACCACAGGAAUAUGCUUGUCUUGGUAAUAAUGAGCAAAGGUGCACGUGGAUACGGGCUAAGAUGCUGGGUGGAUGUGGGGCGAUUAAUGGAAUGAUGUACAUGAGAGGUCCUCCUAAAGAUUACGAUGGAUGGGAGGCUUUGGGAAAUACUGGAUGGGGAUAUGACGAUGUUAUGAAGUACUUUUUGAUGUCGGAAAACAAUCAGCAGGUUGGUACUCUGGUUAGUGAAGAGAUACAUGCUACUGGUGGACCAAUGUCGAUAGCCAGGUUUCCAGACCAUCCAGUGCUAGCAGAGGACCUAAUGGCUGCUGCACAAGAACUGGGUUAUGAAUUUGUCAAUGAUAUCAACGAUGGUAAUUUUACUGGUUUUACCAUUGCCCAGGCAGCUAACUUAAAUGGUACAAGAGUCAGUAGUGCCAGAGCCUUCUUGCGGCCUGGUCGCGGUCGUUCGAACUUACACGUAAUGCUAAACUCAACAGCUACAAAAGUAAUCCUCGACACCACCGAAGACCAAAAAAAAAUAUCAGCAGUAGAAUUCAUCUACGACGACACUACUUUCAGAGUCAACGUAAAUCGAGAAGCCAUUCUUUCUGGUGGAGCCAUAAACUCAGCACAAAUACUCCUACUAUCUGGAAUAGGUCCCACAGAGGAACUCGACAAAGUUGGCAUUUACCAAGUCCAUGACUUGCCUGGAGUUGGCCAAAACUUGCACAAUCACGUUGCUUUUAGUGUAGACUUCAAUCUAGACCUCCUAGAAAACACUAACGACCUUGACUGGGCAGCCGCUGUCCAUUACUUUGCAAACAAACAAGGACCCAUGUCUUCCACUGGCAUGUCGCAAGUUUCUGCACGACUGACCACAAAAUAUGGUGAUCAAGCUGGCGAUAAUCCAGACUUGCAAUUCUUCUUCUCGGGAUUUUCGGCGUCGUGUUGCCGAACGUGCAAUGUAGGCGAACUAGCAGAUCCGGAUAGUCCUGACAGCCAUAAAGUUUUGUCAAUUUCGUCUGUUAAUAUUAAACCAAAAAGUAGAGGUUAUGUUGGUUUGCAUUCCACCGACCCGUUGGAUGCUCCUCUGAUGCAACCCAACUACCUUCAAGAUCCUGACGAUGUGAAGAUUCUUAUUGAGGGAGUUCGAGUAGCUCAGAGUCUUGCCAAUACAACCGUUCUGAAGGAAAAGUAUGGAAUUGAAUUGAUCAAAGCAGAUUAUGGAGACUGUGAAGAACAAUACACUUAUGAUUCUGACGAAUUCUGGGAAUGUGCUAUAAGAUAUGGUACGGGUCCCGAGAAUCAUCAAGCUGGUGCCUGUAAAAUGGGUCCUGCUUCUGAUCCUUUGGCAGUGGUUGAUCCGGAAUUGCAAGUUUACGGAAUAGAGGGGCUUCGUGUUGCAGAUGCCUCUAUAAUGCCAGCUGUGGUGUCUGGUAACCCUCAUGGUACAAUUGUAAUGAUAGGAGAAAGAGCAGCAGAUUUUAUCAAACAAAAGUAUUCAAGUGUUUAAUAGUAACAUUUGUCUUAUCAUCAUUAGAAUAUUUUUCAAUAAAUUUAUAAAAA